AUGGAUCCCCAGAGAGAGAAGCCCAAGAAAAACAACACAGAGCAUCUAAUUGCCGACAGGCAGGAAGGAAUUAGUGUCUGUGGCUGGAUCCUGAUUUCCCUUUCUUUCUUCCUGGUGCUUAUUACGUUUCCUAUUUCCAUCUGGGCAUGUAUCAAGGUUAUCAGAGAAUAUGAACGUGCUGUUGUAUUUCGGCUGGGACGUAUACUGUCAAAGAAAGCAAAGGGACCAGGUUUGAUCCUCGUACUUCCAUGUACAGAUACAUUUAUCAAGGUUGAUCUUAGAACUGUUACUUGUAAUAUUCCUCCACAAGAGAUUCUCACAAAAGAUGCCGUUACUACCCGAGUUGAUGGGGUGGUGUACUACAAGAUCCACAGUGCUGUCAGCGCCGUCGCUAACGUCACUGAUGUCCAUUCGGCUACCUUCCUCUUGGCACAGACAACCCUGAGAAAUGUUCUGGGUACACAGAGCUUGGCUCAGCUCCUGGCAGGUCGUGAGGAGAUUGCACACAGUAUUCAGGCUAUCCUCGACAGUGCCACGGAGCAGUGGGGAAUCAAAGUGGCCCGAGUGGAGAUCAAAGAUGUCAGGAUUCCCGUGGCCAUGCAGAGGGCAAUGGCAGCUGAAGCAGAGGCUGCUCGAGAGGCAAGAGCUAAGAUUGUGGCAGCAGAGGGAGAAAUGAAUGCUUCUAAAGCCCUCAAGCAGGCCUCCAUGGUGCUGGCUGAGUCUCCAGCAGGUCUUCAGCUGCGCUACCUGCAAACAUUAACAAACGUGGCAGCAGAGAAUAAUUCCACCAUUGUCUUCCCUCUCCCUAUAGAUAUACUUGAGAGUUUCGGGCAGAAAAACAGAGGGGGAUAG